ACUCGCUAGUCGCGAACUGUGCAAAGGCCGUGGCGCUUUCAGGUCGCCCAGGCAGUCAUUCGGUCACAUCCUCUUCUUGCUGCCGGUAGAGCCGUUCAAGCCUGAGGACAACGGGAAAGGCUGCUAAAUCUCUUUGCAUUUUUACUGGCUGCGGUUCUGGUCGCCGUUUCUCCGAUAUUCUCACUUUCGCGUUCCUUUUAGCGGGAAAAAGGACGCGCUUUCGCUGCCUCUUCCGGGACCGGGGAGGGGAGCUGCGAGGGAGGCGGCCUGCUGAGGCCCAGCCCGCCGGGAGUUUGGCUGACUGGCGGGCGGAGGGACAGACGAAGCCAGACUGCUAAGCUUCGGCUCGUUAGAGGGAGCUAUCGGCCGGAGACAGCGGGGCUUGUUGCAGGGAGCGACCUGCUCCUGCCUUCGCUUCCACCUCCUCGAGAGCCAGCGAAACUUGCCGGCGAGCCGAGUUAGCCGCAGGAGAAAGAGGCGGCGUCGAGGGGUCACGGCGCAGCCUCUUCGCGGCAGUCGAGGUGGGCGAGGGCCCUGGCGGCCACCGUUAUGAAUCCGACGGGCUCCUCAGAAACGGCCCUGGAAGGAAAGCCGCCUGGUCGGAGAGAAGUGCAAAGGAAAUAGGGAGUGUUCCCAGCCCAUUCCGUUGGGUCCAGGCCAGCAACCUCCAUGUCCAUGAGACCGCCGUUAUCCCGCCAGAGUUGCAGCCACUGCCUCCACUUCCUUCUCCUUCACCGGCAGCCACCGAUCAAGGCACCCCCCUCUAUUGCUAAGGCCAUCAGGCCCACUUCUCUGGGCCCUCCUGUUCCCUUUCCUCUGCGCAGCAGAAGGAAAAGACUACAAACCUCUGUGUGAAAAGAAUGGCUAUAACUUUGGAGAAGGCCCAAAGGGCGAGCUAUAUAUUUCUGAAAGCACUGUUAAGAUUUAGCUUCAUGGUUGCUAAUAACCUUGUUGCUAUUCCGUCCUAUAUUAUGUACAUGAUAGUACUGCAACCUCUUCGAUUAUUGGAUAAUAAACGGUUUUGGUAUAUCGAAGGAGUAUUAUUUAAAUGGCUUUUAGCCAUGGUGGCAUCCUGGGGCUGGUGGGCAGGAUAUACAGUCAUGGAAUGGGGAGAUGAUAUUAGAACAGUUUCAGAAGAUGAAGCUUUGAUGCUGGUGAACCAUCAAGCAACUGGAGAUAUUUGCACUCUAAUGAUGUGCCUUCAAGACAAAGGCACGGUUGUUCGUCGGAUGAUGUGGCUGAUGGAUCAUAUAUUUAAAUACACAAAUUUUGGAAUUGUAUCUCUGAUUCAUGGAGACUUCUUUAUAAGACAGGGAAAAGCUUAUCGUGACCAGCAGCUUGUACUCCUCCAUGAACAUCUAGAAAAAUAUUACAGGAGCCGUAGUCGCAAGUGGAUUGUAUUGUUUCCAGAAGGUGGUUUUCUUAGAAAAAGAAGAGAAACCAGUCAGGCAUUUGCCAAGAAAAACAAUUUGCCAUUUCUUACACAUGUCACACUGCCAAGACUGGGAGCCACACAAGUUAUACUGAAAAAUCUGGUAGCUCAGCAAGAAAAUGGAACUUUGGCGAGUGAAAAGGUUCUUGUAUCAGAAAGUAAAUCAAAAGGUCUUCAGUGGGUGAUAGAUACAACUAUUGCAUAUCCCAAAGCUGAGCCCAUAGACAUUCAGACAUGGAUUCUUGGCUACAGGCGGCCAACAAUUACUCAUGUACAUUACAGAAUUUUUCCAAUUAAGGAUGUACCCAAUGAUCCUGAAGCACUCACUGUUUGGUUAUAUCAACGGUUCAUUGAAAAGGAGGGUCUUUUGUCACACUUUUACAAGACAGGAACAUUCCCUCCUCUGCAAGGACAGACUGAAGUUGUUUCCCGAGAGAUGACUCUUAGCAAUUUGUGGCUAAUUCUUGUACAGUUAUUUGCAUUUUUGUCAGGUGGUAUGUGGUACUGCAUUCUUCAGUAUUUUUAUGAAUGCCUAUUUUAAAAGGUGAAUGAAUGAGACACAAGGACACAAUGAGGAACUUGGGUACUUUACAGAAUGCAUCAUGUUAUGUGUUCAAAUAUGAAUAUGCCAGUAGAAAGGAGCAUACUGGAUGGACUUUCUCUCCUUUUGGGGGAGGAUUUUAAACUCCGCUAGAAGAAAGGAUCGACAAUAUAGUGACCGAAUGAUAUAUUUUAAAAAUUAUCCAUAUUUUUAAAAGGGGUGACUUCAGCAUACCUAUGUCAGCAAAUUCAGCAUUUUAACAGGAAAUGCAGUUAUGCAGCCAUCACAGGUGAAUAUCUGUAGCAGAGAAUGCUUUUAUCACCGGUAGUAUUCAACACUGUAGUUAAAACUCCAAAUCUUCAGCAACUCUUUCUUCAGUAGUCUGUACUGCAAGUCUUGUGGUAGAGAUCCUUCAUCUGCACAACUCAAAUUGUAUUGUAAUUAAUUAUGCUGAAUCUGUUUAACAUAAUUCACAGCCCUGGCUAUGGUAUUGUGACUGCCCCAUGAUACCUGUUUAGUAGCUUUUUUCCUUUUUUAAAAAAAAAUCUUUUGAAUACUAUCUGAGAGAUCUUGUAUUGUAAGACAAGAAAAGGAAAAGUACUGCAAAAAGGCUUGCGGUGUCACGAAGUAUUGAAAAAAUUGUGCAUACCUCAUAGACCAAUCUAUUUUUACCAUGUUUUUGUCAUUUGAACCUCUUGUGAAUAUCCUCUUGAAAGGGUGCUUCAGAAAUGGAAUGUCAUUAAUCUGUUUCCUGUUGUUAUUAUAGAAUGCAUUUUGUCUCCUUCCUUCCUUCCUUCCUUCCUUCCUUCCUUCCUUCCUUCCUUCCUCCUUCCUCCCUCCCUCCCUCCCUCCCUCUUUCUUUCUUUCUUUCUUUCUUUCUUUCUUUCUUUCUUUCUUUCUUUCUUUCUUUCUCAAAAUGCACUUUUUAAAAAGUGAUAAGAAGCAUAGCUAGACAGAAAUGUAGAUGCUGUUUCUAAGAGCUAGUAUUUUGGAGGGCUAUUACAGUUCAGAAAGGUCUGGAUUUUCAGCAUUGAAGUACAUGAGUUGCCAUAGAUUUGGCAAAAUGAUUUUUUUUUUUUGUUGUUGUAAUUUUUAAUCUUCAGAGAGGCCUUUAUUUUCAUGAGUAAAAGAAGCACUGGAAAUGUGUGUGGGACAGUUUAUGUACAUACAUGCCAAGCACCUAGAUGCUUUGCUUAUAGGAAAAAUAAGAGGAAGUUAGCUUAAUCACCAAACAGAAUACCUAGUCAUUGAACAACACACAACAAAAAAGAAGAUAAUCUGCUUUAUAAACCAGAGCUGUUGUAAAAUUCUCUGAACUGUAAAGGGCAUUACUAAAUCUGUCAUCUUGUUGAAAUAUGUCACUGUCAUAGGGAGUUAAACUGAAGAGGCAGUUUGGCACAGGGUUCCAGGUGAUCACAUUACAGUUUUAUAAUAAUUUUGAAGAAUUCUGUGUUAUUAUCAUUCUUUGAAUGCUUGACAUCAAUACUGUGUGACUGCAUCAUUAUAAUACAAAACCAUUCCUAGAAACCAGUUUCUAAUUUACACAUUCAGGCCUGUACACUAAUUACCAAAUGUUGUCUUUUCUGGACUGUAACUUUUUUUCUAAGAGCAAAGUCAAACCAACAACAAUUGUCUGUGCUGAGUUUGAGAUAUAUAUUCUUCUGUUUUUGUUCUGUUUUUGUUCCCCCAAAUUUCAUGAGAACCAGCUUUGGUGAGUAGUAUAUAAAAUAAAAAUAUAAAACCACA